CAAAUCACUUACCAGUUAGCUCUUUGCAAAAUUUGUUUAUUACUUCGGAAAGUGAGAAAGCUUCUUGUUGUAACAAUACUAUGGCGAUCUUCAAGAUUCUUGUGUUGUUAUUAAGCUUGUUUUGUUUCUGUCAAGCACAACUCUCUCCUACUUUCUACGACCAAAGUUGCCCUAACGCUCUAUCAACCAUCCGAUCCUCAAUCCGAACUGCCAUCAGCCGUGAACGUAGAAUGGCUGCUUCUCUCAUCCGUCUCCAUUUCCACGACUGCUUCGUUAAUGGUUGUGAUGCAUCAGUCAUGCUCGUGGCAACUCCUACCAUGGAGAGUGAGAGAGAUGCAGUGCCAAACUUUCAAUCAGCGAGAGGGUUUGAAGUUAUCGAUCAAGCCAAAUCUGCUGUUGAGAGAGUGUGUCCUGGUGUCGUUUCUUGCGCUGAUAUCAUUGCCGUUGCCGCUAGAGACGCUUCUGAAUACGUCGGAGGUCCAAGAUAUGCAGUGAAGGUUGGCCGGAGAGAUUCCACCGCUGCGUUCAGAGCUAUCGCUGACAGUGGCGAUCUCCCCAGUUUCAAGGCAAGUCUCGACGAACUCUCUGAUCUCUUCCUUCGAAAAGGUCUCAACACUAGAGACCUUGUCGCUCUCUCAGGAGCUCAUACAUUAGGGCAGGCUCAAUGCGUAACGUUCAAGGAAAGGCUGUACGACAACUCGAGUGACAUCGACGCCGGAUUCUCCAGCACCCGUAAGCGUCGCUGUCCGGUCAACGGUGGGGAUACGAAUCUAGCACCUCUAGAUCUAGUGACACCAAACUCGUUCGACAAUAACUAUUACAGAAACUUGAUGCAGAAGAAAGGACUCUUGGCGUCUGAUCAAGUUUUGUUCGGAACCGGGGCUUCCGCGGACAGUAUUGUGUCGGAAUAUAGCAGAAACCCUUCUAGAUUUGCGUCUGAUUUUGGAGAUGCAAUGAUCAAAAUGGGAGAUAUUCAGACGCUCACCGGCUCAGCUGGACAAAUUCGAAGGAUCUGCACUGCUGUUAAUUAAAAAGAGAUUGAUUACCACCCUUCUCCAAGAAAGUCUCGAGACUUGUAAUUCAUGUUGUUAUUUUUAAAUUUACUCAUUCAGUUUGCUUCAUUGUUGUAAUUGUAUGUAACUUAUUUCUGCAUUGAUUUGUUUGUCGUUUGAAUAUUAUUAAAAUAAUAGUAAUUCAUGUUGUUCAUAUUUUACAU